AUGAUCCUGUCGCCACGAAGCCGCAGGCCGUUGGUCCUGGCAGUUACCAUGGGCGUCUUUUUCAUCAUCCUGCUUCAUCGAUCCCAACCAGAUGCAGGAUUUCCGAGAAUAUUUUAUCCAGAGCAAGCACCCCUGGGCAGUCAAGGCUCUUUGACUGUACCAAAGCCCGCAGGGUUCGACGAUGAACCCUCGCCGCAGCUGGUAGAAUAUUGGACGGCGGUUCUCGAUGCAGUCAUGAAGGCGGAACCACAGAUCAAGGCAAUCAAGCUCACACAGCCGAGCCCAGAUGCUGAAGACAUGGACCCAAAUGUACAAAAGUCAAAAGAUAUCGAUAUCGGUGACCGGAUAGAGCAUGUCGACAUGUCAGCUUCGGAUCGCGCAAUGCUCAAGUCAACUCAUGCGCAGAUGGUCAAGAGUGCAAAGCAGCUAGGCCCGUCGAUCCCUUACACGAAAAACUCCAAGGGCAUCGUCAUGACUGCCGGCGGUAAAUACGUCGGAAACGCGAUUCUAUCGCUCACUAUGCUCCGACGUACCGGCUCCAAGCUCCCCGUGCAGCUCUUCAUUGAUGGUGCCGACAACUCUACCCGCGCGCUCUGCGAAGGGAUCCUUCUCGACCUCGGUGUGGAAUGCCGAAGCAUGGACGCCAUGUUUGGCACUACCCCCCACAUGCCUGAGCUGAAAAAGUUCCAAUACAAGGUCUUUUCGCUCCUGUUCUCGUCCUUUGACGAUGUGCUAUUCCUUGAUGCGGACUGCUACCCACUAUACAACCCUGACCACAUGUUCGAUGUCGAUCCAUACAAGUCAUAUGGGUUGGUCACCUGGCCCGAUUUGUGGAUAUCAACCGUAUCACCAACAUAUUAUGAAAUCGCCGGUGUCAGCAAUCCGCCUACUGUCCAGGCGCGACGCACCUCCGAAUCGGGCGUGUUCAUGAUCAAGCGCUCUACUCACGCCGAGGAUCUUUUACUGGCCACCUACUACAACUUCUAUGGCCCUGAAAGGUACUACAGGCUAUUUUCUCAGGGCGGCCAUGGUGAAGGCGACAAAGAGACAUUCCUGCACGCAGCCAUAGCGCUUGACAAGCCCUACUGGGAUGUUCACACCACCCUAGGCUUCCUGGGCAGGUGGCUCAACGGCUCAUUUGAGGGCGUCGGCAUGAAGCAGGCCGAUCCGGUUAAGGACUUUAACCUCUGGAAAGCCCAGGACGGCGAUCAUGCCGUGGAAGGCCCGGACUCCCCCAGGGCCCCGUUCAUGUUUAUCCAUUUUAAUAACCUGAAGAUUGACGUUCAAAACUCCUUGAACGAGGUUAUGGACAAGGUGUUGAGGGCGAAUGGCACCGGGGAUGCCACCCCGUUAUGGGGUGAUGAGUCGACGUUGAACAAACAGACCGGCUAUAAUAUCGAGAAGGUUAUGUGGGAGGAGGUCAUAAGAUUGACCUGCACCCAGACAGUCCAGGAGGGAUGUGACCGCCUGAUUCCCUGGUAUCAAAAAAUGUUUCUCAAGUCAAAAAAGACAUUCAAAGGAUAG